UGAAGGCGCUAUGUGAUUCAAAAGGUGCUUAAACAAUAAACGUUUGUUUGAAGAAAAUAUGUGUCUAUAAUUUAUUAUAAGGUUUUUUCUGCUUGACUUGUAAAGAGAAAUGUAUUUUGUUGAUCUUAACAAAACCAAAACUUGUUUUAAAUGUUACAGGCGAUCAGCAUCAUGUUGCCUGUGAAACUUUCCCUCUUCCUUCUGCUGUUCUUUCCCAAGUGCACAUUUGAGCUGUGCACAGAGGGGACACCCGAAGAAUGCAAAGAGGCAAGCCCCAUUCCAGGUUCAAAUUUAGCCGGAGAAGGCUUCGACAUCACAAGUUUGGAGCGUAAAGGAGCUUUUGUGAUCGACAUGAAUCAGUGGAAAAAAAAGGAUCAAACUUGCACCCUGUGUAUCAACCCUUACUUGGAGAACAGAAAGCAGAAGUUGCCUCUCUCUGUGGUGGACUGGAGGGCGACGCAAUCCUGCAGCGCAAAAGUGUCAAGUAAAAUUUACAAAUCCAGCGAGUCUCUGGUCGAGUCUAGCACCUCUUCUGUUGAAAACAACUGGAAGAUGGGUCUAGAUGUGAAGACGUUAGACAAAAGUGGGUCUUUCAUGCUGGCUGGUACCCAUUCCAAACUUGCUGGAUACUCCAUGGACAAAACAAAAUCAGAUAAAUUCAGCUUUACAGCCCAAGGUCUGUCUUGUGAGUACUACAGUUACCGUGUAUCCAAAGCCCCAACUUUGCAAAAAGAAUUUGUCGAUUCAGUGAACCAGCUUCCUAGAGUCUACAACGAAUAUAGCAAGGACAGCUAUUACCAUCUGAUUGACACUUUUGGCACCCAUUACAUCACCAAGGUGAAAAUGGGCGGGAAGGUUCAGGCAGUCACCAGCAUCCGAGAGUGUGAGGCCCACCUGGACGGAAUUGAAGUGAAUGAGGUGGACAUGUGCCUCAAAGUUGAAGCGUCCGCAACUGUAAAAUUAAAUACGGGUUCAACUGAAUCUCAACAAUGCAAAGCAAAAAAGGACAAGUUGGGGAGAAAAAUAUCAUUCUCCAGCCACUUUAACGACAGGUUUACAGAAGUAAGAGGAGGUCGGACAACAGAACCAGACCUAAUCUUCUCUGCCAACAAAAAUCCAUCAGCCUACAAGGAAUGGCUGAACUCUGUGCCACAAAAUCCCGACAUAAUUUCGUAUUCCUUGGAUUCCCUCCAUUUGUUAAUCCCUAAGAGUAACCAUAUGAGAGAAAACCUGCGCUAUGCUAUUAGCCAUUACAUCCUGGAGAAAGGCCUGUUGAAGAGCUGCACUGGUCCCUGUAAGGCAGGUAUCAAGAGUAGUUCAAGAGAACCCUGCGUCUGCCAGUGCCACAAUAACCCUGCUGUGACCUCAGACUGCUGCCCAGCUGAGAGGGGCAAGGCCCGCGUUAUCAUCACUGCAUUACGAGCUACUAACCUAUGGGGAGAUACUACCACUGCCACAGACGCCUAUGUGAAAGUGUUUUUUGGUAAACUGGUCGGUCGUGCUCCUGUCAUCCUCAACAAUGACAACCCAGUGUGGAAGAUGCCUCUUGACCUCGGAACCCUGGUUCUGUCUGACAUAUCUAAACUGAAGUUUGAAGUUUGGGAUGAAGAUAACACAUGGAAUGAUGACCUGCUUGGAAAAUGUGAGCGAGAUCUGACAGCAGGCAUCAACAGUGGUAUGUGCAACCUCAAUAAUGGGGAGUUAUUCUUUAAUUGGAAAGUAGAAUGUGCUCCAAAUCUGGGUGGUCGUUACUGCCAGAACUACCAAAGGAGUCCAAUGAAUGAAGACCUGAAGGGGCUGUACAGGUCCAGGCACUCCCGUCCUAUUCCCAAAUACUUCCUCCAACAGAUGGGUGUGUUUGUCAACGAAUCCACUUCAAGGAAAAGCCAGAAUCUCAUAAAGAUCUUUGACGUCAACAAGCAUUCCAACUCUAGCGAAGAGAAUUUCCUUUAAACCGGAUCAGUAUUCAUCAUUUUUGUCACAUGGCAAGAUUAAUGGUCAAGUAUUCUGCAUGUUUUCUGCAGCUUUUACACAUUUAUUGAGCUUGAUGAAACUUUAAUUUUUUUUUUCGUUAGCAUUUAUAAUUUGAUUGAAAAUGGAAAGAUUUGCAUCACUAGAAUGAUUUUUUAAAAUUAUGCUCCUAUCUUCCUCUUUCUUUAACUUUCACCGCUUUUCAGCAAAUGAUUCCAGAGGGGUUCACAGCUGGAAGUAUUUUGACAGUUCUGUCACUGAUGGUUUUUACUGCCAUCGGUUUCCUGUUUAAAAUAAAAUCAA